AUGAUACAACCUCAAGACCGUACAGAGUCCCUCAAACGGAAACUCUCGUCAUACACUUCCGAUCUUUACCCAAAAGCCCCCAUGGCUACUUCAUCAUCAUCACCAUCUUCUUCUCAAAAAGAUAUAUCUUCUUCAAAACAACUAAAUAACUCUCCAGUUAACUCUUCAUCCUCUUCUCAAACAUCUCCAAAACAACCACAGCAACAGCAACAGCAACAGCAACAGCAACAAAAACAGCAACAGCAACAACAACAACAACCUUCUGAAGUCAUUUCUUUUCUAUCAUCUUCAUCCUCAUCUUCAUCCCCUUCUUCAUCAGCUUCUCCAUCACCAGUCUCUUCUCCUCGCCCAGCAAAAAUCAGAAAACAUAACAACUCCAGCUCACCUCCUAAAGGAACCUCGCCACAACCAAUAGCCAUUGCCCCUGCUCCUCCAUUAAUACCCAACCUUGUUGCUAAUACUGGUACUUCUACUUUAGCCUCGAAAAGAAAGCAACCAAGUUACAAACAAAGCGCUCCAAAUGCUUUUAAUACCUUUUCUGUAAAAAUUGCAAAAAAUCCAAAGCAAUCUCAACAACAUUCCAAUUCUCCUGACAUUAAACAAGAAACUUUGAGCCGCAAAUCUUCUCCUCAACCACUUCAAAUUGUUCACCACAACCCACAAUCAUCCACCACUUCGUCAUCUUUAUCUUCGUCUUUAUCGUCACCUUCAUCCUCAGCUACUACAAAUCCUUCUUUGAAAAAACCAAACCAAACAAUUUCUUUUGUCGCAAACGGCUCACGUAAGGUUCUCGGCCAAGUCUGCUCAAAUUGUGGUACGACCCGAACGCCGCUUUGGAGAAGAGCCCCAGAUGGCUCUACCAUUUGCAACGCAUGUGGGCUUUACCUCAAGGCCCGUAACACGGCCCGCCCAGUCCAUUUGAAACGCCCUCCUCAAACUGCUACCAUUGUUUUAGAACAAGGCUCAGCAGCUUCUUCUUCUUCUUCUUCCUCUAUACCAAACUCUCCAAAACAUCCAGUAACUAUUCUUCCAAAUUUUCAAUAUAAAACUAAUACUACUUCAUCUUCAUCUUCAUCUUCAUCUUCAUCAGCAUCAGCAUCAGCAUCUGUGGCUCCAACUAGCGCACCCGCUCAACCCCCGUCUGUUUCAACUACCUGUCAUGAAACACAGGGAACAUGUCCUGGUGAUGGGCACUGUAAUGGUACAGGUGGUUCAGUAGCGUGCUCCGGCUGUCCCGCAUAUAACAAUCGCCUAAUCAAGACUGUGCAACUUUCUCACAAGUCUGCUUCUUCUGCUUCUUCUGCUUCUGCUUCUUCUUUUUCUUUUUCUUCUUCUUCUUCUUCUUCUUCUAAUUUUAAUGACCCUAACGACCCCCAUAUUAAUGACCGUAAUGACUCUAAUGACAACAAUGAAUCAAUUUCAUCGAUGAAUGACUCCUCCUCUGAUAUCCAGGAAGAAAAUGCAUCUACAACAGCAACAGCAACAACAACAACAACAACUACCACCGUUGUGAUUGCAUGCCAGAACUGUAACACAACAAUCACUCCUUUAUGGCGACGAGAUGAAGCUGGACAUACUAUAUGCAAUGCUUGCGGACUUUACCACCGUCUACAUGGCGUCCAUCGACCUGUUGGUAUGAAGAAAAGCACAAUUAAACGACGCAGGCGCAUUAUUGGGAUUCCGCAAGCUGAGUUUCGAUAUGCUACUUUCCAGCAGCAACAACAAACUGGGCCUAUUCAGGCCGUUAUUGCAGCUCAAUCUGCAACAAGUGCGACCGGUCCGACAGCUUCAUCACCAAAUGCUUCAUCAGUAAAUUCUUCUCCGAUUAUCGCAGCAACUGCAGUUGCAACAACAACAACUGCUUGCACAAAUGCCGAUACCGCGUCAUCAGCUGCGCGCUCACCAGAGCAUACUGUGGAAUCUCCUCCCUCAAGAUUGAUAGCAACAGCGUCAUCAACUUCGCCGGCCAGUCGAGCGCAAUCAACCAGUCCGGCUCUUUUACCUGCUUUGCCGGCUGCUGAUGCUAAUGCUGCUACUUCAUCAUCAUCAUCAUCUUCUUCUUCUUCAAAGACUGCGCCAAACAGAUCUCUUGUCACAGGUACUUUGAAUGUUUCUGCUACGACGGGUACGAGCUCGGUGAAAGUGGGGGAGAGUCCGAUUACGACUCCAACUUCUUCUUCCCAUCAUCAUUCUCUCCGAGUUCUUCCUCCUAUUGUUCUUUCCAAGCCUGAUUCUUCUUCUUCUUCUUCCUCUUCUACCUCUCGACCUCCCCUUGAUUCUAUCUCCUCUUCUGAUUCUCAUUAUACUUCAACAACUUCCUCUGCCCCUGUUGUUACUACUGUUGUUGCUACUGCUGCUUCCCCUCAGUCUUCUACUAACUCUGCUCCCACUAGUCCCAACAUUGCCCCUCCUGCAGGUCCUAUAGCCAUUGACUUUACACAUUCGUUCCGGUCCUUACCUAGACCUUGUCCUAUGGUUCAUUCUCCUUCUAAUCCAGCAGCUUCCAACAUGCGUUCCCCUUCACCAUCCUCCUCAUCCACCACUGGCUCCAAACCCAUUGGCUCUCCUUCUGACCUGGCCCAGUACCAUUAUCCUGACUCUUCUGCCCGGUUGCCCAGCAUUAGCUCGAUUUCUUAUGAAUCUGUUCAGGCUACAACUACAACUACAACUGCAGCUGCAACUAAUUCUACAAGCAAUAAGCAACGUCAAAAUACAGUGGGUUCUCCUUCACAAGAUGAUGCACCUCGUGAUCACUCUUUGAGCAUCCGCUCGAUUCUUAACCAGGAACCAUCGUCGGGAGCCAUUCCUAUUACUAUAUCAAGAAAUGGUGGUAGUAAUAGCAAUAUCGGGGUGGUAGGAACUACAUCUUCACGCUCAGCAAAUCAGGGUACGAAUUCGUCAUCUCUUAGCAGCUCAUUGAGCAGUUCUGCGUCGUGGCAUGAGAGUCCUGAGGGAGUUUUUGUGGCAUCUUCGUCUUCUUCAUCUUCUUCAUCUUCCAAUCACCACCAUAACCAAGCUGGGACAGGGACAGGGACUGGGACAGGGACAGUUACUGGAAUUACUACAAAUUCCGUAGCUGAUGCUGCUGCCAAGGAUGCAAUUUUGUCUGACAUUCCAUCUUCCAUUUCGCCAGCUCAUGUACGUGAGAUUCUGACAAUCAAGAAACGCAAGCUUGAAGAGAAGCUGGCCAAACAUCGUCGGCGUCUUGCAGACACUGAGCGGUUGCUUGCUGCUUGCAAUGAUAAGCUUGAUGAGAUUUCAUAG